UUCAAGUACAUACACAGUGGUUAUGUGGUAUGUGGUGGUUUUGUUUUUAUUCACAUCAAAUCGAUUCAAAUCAUCAUAACAAACAAUUCGAAUUCCAUAUUCACAUACAUACACACACAACAACAACAACAAAAACAAUGACGACAACAACAACAACAACGACGAUGACAGCAUAAUUAUUAUCGACCUGAAUUGUUUUUUUUUUCAUACACACAGAGAUAGAAAGAGGCGAUAAAUGCAAUUUUUAUUCAAAAAAGAAAUUUAACAUUUACAACAACAACAACAACAACAAAGUAGACAAUGAUUAUGGAUCAUAUCUGAGAAUACAGGAACGAAUAUUCUGUUGUUGGAAAAGAAAAGUUUCUUUCCACUUGGUUAUUGAUUGUCUGGUGGUUUUUUGUUUUUUGUUUUUGUAUUUGUUUUCAUCGGACAGUCAGUCGGUUGUUGUUGUUGUUGUUGUUGUUGUGUGUUGUCCAUGGACAACAAUAUCUCAUCAUCAUCAACAUCAUAAAUUAUAAAAUCUUCUUCACAUAGAAUGUUAUUUUUUUCGUCAGUCAAUUUUUCUUCCAUUUAAAUUUGUUGUUUGUUUGUUUCACUCAUUCAUUCAUUUAUUCAUUCAUGCAUUCAGAAUUAUAAAUUAUUAAUGUAAAAAAAUAUGACCAACAAAAUGGACCAUCUGUUCUAUUGAUAUUUUUUUUGCAUGUUUGGUUAGUUGUCGACACUGUUUCAUUUCCAUAUGGAAUCCAAUAUCAAUCCUCAACAUUGCCACAGCAACAGCAACGACAAGAGGGAGAAAGCCAAUUUUUAUGAUUUUGGCCAUUAUUAUUUAUUAUAAUUUUUCUUCCAUAAAUAUAUGCCAUACCAUUAUGAUAGAAAUAAUGUAACGACAAUCGUUUGAUGGAUAAUAACUGUAAAUGCAAAACAAAACAUUAUUGAAUAAAUAAAAUGCCGAAAAAAAUAUCAAAAAUUAUUUCAAAUGCAAAAAAUCGUCUUAGUUCACGAACAUCAACAAAAUCUUCGAAAUCACCAACAAAAGCAACAGCAGUAUCACCAUCAAAAUCGGCUGCUAUACGAACCGGUUCAUUACGAUCAACAUGCGAAUCAAAUCGUUUAUUAUCAUCAACAUAUGAUGAUGAUGAUGAUAAUGAUAGACAAGGUGCUUCUGGUCAUGAUUCCAUUUCAUUGGGAAUGCCUGCACAAGAUUAUGAUGAUUUUGAAUCACCGGAUCUAAAUCUUCCAUCAAUACGAUCGACAAAAAAAUCUGAUACUAAAAAAGCUGGCAGUAGUGAACAACAGCAUAGUGAUGGUACUAGUACAAAUACGACCACUGAACGUCAACGAUCGAAUAAUGAUGAACAGAUCACAGGUGGUAGAUCAAUUUUACAAAGAGUUCUUUCAUUUGGCCAACGAACAAACGGUACGACGGCGACGACGAUCGGAUCUGGUUAUAAUGAGCUUUACGAUGAUCAUGAAAAGCAAUCAGGGUUCUCUCGACAACAUUGGUGGCAAUCAGAAUUUCUUCUUGGUACCGAAACACAUGGACCAGUUCUAUUUGGAACAUGGAAUGGUGUAUUCGUUACUACCGUUGUCCAUUUAUUUGGUGUUAUUAGUUUUCUACGUUUAGGUUGGAUGGUCGGAAAUGAAGGUGUACCAUUAUCAUUGGCCAUUGUGUUUGCCUGUCUACUAUUCAAUACUAUAUCAUUGUUAGCAGCAAUCGGUAUUAUGGAACGAUGUGCUGCUGUAACGGCUGCACAAACAUCCGGUUUAACACCAUUCAAACAAUUCAAUAAUCAGGCAAUAUCAAGUCAACAACAACAACGUUUCGAUCCGGAAUACACACGUUCAGUAGCAACGGCACGGGCAAAUGUACAUAUUUUAGUGGCCACUGUUCUAGGAUCACGUAUAGGUGGUGCCAUCUCGUUGGUUUAUUGUAUUGGACAGGCUGUAUCCUGUGCAUUACAUGUAACCGGAUUUAGUGAAGCAUUUGUACAAUUAUGUGCUAUUUUCAUACGUCGUCAAUUGAUGAUGUCAUCGAAUGAAUUUAUGCCAUCAUUAUCACCAUCAACACCGUCAUCAUCAUUAUUAACAUCAUCAAACAUAUCGAUCAUUGAACAGCCAUCAUUAGCACGCACAAUAGCAAGAUUAUUAAGGAUCGAUAUUCUGGAACAACAGCAAAAACAAUCAUCUUCCAGUGGAACAUCAAAUACUCAAUUAAUAUUGAAUCCAGAAUCAUUUCAAAUUGUUUCUAUUAUAUUGAUAUUCAUAUUGUUUUUCAUCAAUAUUGUCGGUGUUCGUUGGUUAUUUCGUCUACAAACAUUACUAUUCUUAGCAUUAGUAGCUGCUGUUGGUGAUUUUUCUACCGGACUUUUUCAUGAGCACGCUGAUUAUGGAUAUGGCCCAAUUAAACCAAGUGAAGAACAUUUUAUCGAAAAUAUUCCACCACAUUCAUGGUCGAAUCCAAAUCAUUGGAUAUUUUGGCGACAAUUAUUCGAAACUGUUGGUGUAUUUUUUCCAGCAACAAUCGGUGUUAUGGCUGGUGUAAAUAUGGGUUCAGAUCUGGAACGACCAACCAAAUCAAUACCGGCUGGAUCAUUAAUGGCUAUCUUAUCUAGUUAUGGUGUACAUGCAUUGUUCAUUCUUGGAUUAUCAUUAUGCUGUUCACGUAUUGCAUUAUUGAAUGAUUUUGCUAUAGCUCAACAUGCAUCAGCUGUGGGUAUUUUUUUCGCUUUUGGUCUCUAUAUGUCAACCAUUUCAUCGGGUCUUGGUUCAAUGUAUACGGCACCAAGAAUUAUGCAAAAUCUGGCACAAGAGCUUCAUUCUGUACCAAUUGUACGAUGUUUUGCACGCGGAAAUGGACCAAACAAUAUUCCAAUCAAUGCAUUAAUGUUGUUCGUCUUAGUCACUAUUGGUUUUCUUAUGAUCGGUGGUAUUAAUGUUUUAGCACCGAUUGUAACCAUACCAUACCUAUUAACAUAUGCAGCCAUUGAAUAUGCAUAUUUUUCAAUGGCAAUGACAUUCGAUAUACAAAUACAACGUGAAAAACGAUUUAUGCAGAUUGCUUCACAACUUAAAUCUUCCGAUUCUGGUACAUUCGGUGGUGGUGGUUGUGAUGAUGAUGCUGUGGCUGCUGGUGAUCAUGGCACUAAGAUGAUAAUACAAUCAUCAGGUGACAUUAUUUCUGAACAAACUAAAUCAACAGCGCCAACAACAACUGGACAAAGACAAUUAUUGUCAUUAUCAUCAUCAUCAUCAUCGAUUAAACGUUGUCGACAGCCAGCCGAAGACACUGUUUCAUUAUCGGCAUCACUUUCAGGUGGUAAUAGUGGUGGACAACAACCACCAUUAUCACCAUCAUUUUCAUCAUUACAACAACAGCAACAACAUCUUGCCGGUUAUGGUUCAAUACAAAGUAUAACACAACAUAUAAAAAUAAAACGAAGACAAAGUACUCAAAGUAGUGAUAGUGAUAAUGAAGGUGGUUGUCCAAGUGGAUCAUCGAUUAAAUCAACUGGUACGGUUAAGCAAUCUACUAAAGAACGAUCACAAUCAUCAUCAAUAAAAAGUAAAACAAAAGUAACAAAACCAAAAACAAUUCGACAAUUAAUGGCUGCCGUUAGCAAUUCGGAUGAGGAAGACGAUGAUGAUGAUGGUAACAUCAAUGAUGAUGAUGAUUCUGUCAUGAUGGGUACCGCUGAAGUUGGUGAUGAUGAAAUUAAUCAACAAUCAUCAUCACAUGCCGCAUCAUCAUCAAGUCUAUUUCGUAAUAUCGGUUCAAGCACACGAUUAAUAGCAAAUACAAAUGAUGAUGAUAAUGAUGAUGAUGGUGGUGGUGAUGGUGGUGGUGAACAGCAACCAUCAUCAAUGAACAAUGAUCAAUGUGAACGUUUAUUAAUGCCGGAUCCGGAAUUAUCUGAAAUUGCUUGUAAACAAGAAGUCUGGUAUCUACGACUAAUGAAUCGAUGGAUCGUAUUGAUUGCAGCUAUCAUUAAAUUAUUACUCAUGUUUAUUAUUGCAUGGCAUUAUGCAAUGAUUACAAUAAUAAUGUUCAUUUUAUUUGCUUGGAUUAUUGGCCAUACAAAUCCUGGUUUUUAUCCCGGUGUUUCCGAAUUUUCUCUUUAUAAAUGGAUUCGAUCUGUUUGUAUUCGUAUCAAAUCAUGGCGACCUUCUGGCUAUACAAACAUAUUGAAUAGUACAUCAUCAAAUCAUACAACAACAAAUCUAGUUGCAUCAUAUUCAUAUGAUCGUAUUGUUUUACCGGAAACAGCUAUGCCCGAUUUUCGUUGUGAAUCCGAUCAAUUAACUAAAGAUAAUACGGAUUAUUCGGAUAGGCCACCAUGUCAUUUUGCUACAACAAUCAAUCCGCAAUUAAAUUGAUCUACGAUAAUAAUCAUUCAUUAUUAUAAUAAUUUUCUGGCAAAUCUCUCAGUAUUCCUCUCUCUCUCUCUCUCUUGUUUCUGGUUGUUAUGUCUCAAUGUCUCUUUCUAUCUUUGAUUUGACAACGAUUUCAGAUUUUAUUCUAUUGCUUAUUGUUGUUGUUGAUGAUGGAUUAUUCUGUAUCAUCAUUAUUACCACCAAAAAUCACACACACACACACACA